UAGAGAGUUUAGAAACAGAAAACAAACGGCCAGUCACCCAGAGAUCACUCACCGGGUGGAGAAUCUGAACGCAGCCUAACACGGGGCUUUCGCUUCUCUUUAUAUAUGUUCUGUGGUUCGUUGCAAUACGACGCUAUGAAAGGUAUUCUAACCUGUACAAUCGCCAGCUUUAAGUCUUGAUAUUUCGGUUUGCGGGGCAGAGCGACACUUUUUUCCGCCAAAUUUGUUUUGAAUAAAAACGCGUCGAAUGAGCCUAAUUUUGUCAAAAUCGGAGGUGCAGUCCAUAUUCUGAACAAUUACCUUAAUCUCAAAAAAUAAAGUUAAAGGGCCUUACAUUGAGAUUGUCACUCUAGGACAGCAUUCUAGGAAAACAUAAUUGUAAGGAAUUGAAAACAUACAGCUGUACACAUGGAUGCAUUACAACUAAGAAAUUUUAAAGACUUCCUUCUGCUAUACAACCAGAUAUCGGAAACGUGUUUCAAAACAUGUGCGAAUACUUUCCUUUCUCGAGAAAUUACCUCCAACGAAGAUCUUUGCGUGAACAACUGUGCACAGAAGUACAUCCACGCCAAUCAUAAAAUAAUGGAAGUAUUCAUGGAGGUACAACCUUUAAUGAUGCACAAAAGAAUAGAGGAAAUAAAUACAGCUCAAACUACAUUAGAAGAACAAAAUCAACAAAUUAAACUAGAAGAGAACCCACAAUAAUACGUAUUCAUUAUAUGCGAUGUAUUUAUACUUCAAAUAUAUUUCUAGUUUAUUUUGUAUUAUAUUCUAAAGAGCAACCUAAAUAACCGAGUCUGCUAAGAGUACGUUUUGUAAAUGAUGUGUUGCAUAUUAUGUCAGCAGAAAAGUAGCAAAAUUAACAUAUUUUGCUUACAGUUUUAAUUAUUGUCGAUUUUGUAGCAAAAAUCAAACACAAUAUACAUUGGAUUAUAACGAAAGAAAUGCUAUAAAAAUUGAACAGAGCUAAGCAGAUGAAAAGGGCAAAAUAGAACAUUAUUAGCAGUAUUUACCAGUAAAAAGUUUAUUAAAAUUAAACAGUUUAUUGUCAACGUAUAACAAUAAAAAUCGUUAGAACUUACCAAACUUAUGAGCUUAUGUAAUAGUAGAAAUGCAGCAGAAAUAAAAUUGACUCAUGGUGGUGAAAAUAUAAUAUGUCUAUGAUGACAAUAUUUCUUAUAUUUUUAAUAAUUUUUUAUCGAAUGAAUAAUAUGCAACACUGCUGAUAGAUAUACGAA